UUGCCCGGUAGUUUGUUAUACGGAUCUCCAAAAUAUAUUACGCAUCUUCCGAUAUCUUCCACGGAUCUUUUGAUAUAUUACCACUCCAACGGCUCUUUUGACAUCCUCGAGAGGCCAUUAGGUCCUUCCGCAUCCGUCAGCCGUCACCCUCUGCAUGUGCAAAGCUCAAUCGACCAUCCGCCUGCGAAGCAAUCGCAGAAAUGAAAUGGCCGACACCUAUGGGUCUGCCAAGAAGAAUGCUUCGAGACCAUCAGGUCAGCAGUCUCACCUUCCGCGGGUGUGAAACCCUAGCCCUUCAAAAACAAUUGUUCCUAAAUUUUCAGGCAGUAGAUAAGGUUUUGGAAUGACCUAUUUGUCGAGUGAUGGCACUGAAGUAGUACGUAAAGCAAGGCUUUGAAAUUAUUCAACCAAAUUGUUUUGAUGAACAAAUGAAGGCCAAUACGAGAGAUCAAAAUAACUAUUGUUCUACUGGAUGGAAUGCCAAAGAAGCCUGAAUCUUUUAAAUGAAAAAAGGAAAAGGAACUGUUAAAUCUUGAGUUCGAAUUUGCCAUCAGGAUAGGGAAGGCGUGUAUCGAAGAAAUUGUUUUUGACGAAGAAAUGGAUACAAAAACCUAUAAAAUAAAGAAAAGAACAAAUAAAAAAGAAAAUAAAAAAGCCAAAAAAAAUAGAAAACAAAAAAGAAAACAAAUACAAAAAAAGGCGAAAAAAACAAAACAAAAACACAUUUCCCUGUGCUGUUGCUUUAUUCAUGAGGUGUGAAAGCCUAGCCCUGCGAAAACAAUUGUUCCUAAAGCAGCAGAGAAGGUUUUGGAAUGAGCUAUUUAUAGAGUGAUGGCACUGAACUAGUACGUUAAGCAAGGCUUUGAAAUAAUUCAACUAAAUUGUUUUGACCUUAUAAGUUCUUGUGGAAGUUCACAAUCAUGGAAGCCAAGGCACAUUCAUUGCACGAAAUCCAGUUUGACGUUUCUUUGGCAAGAGUCACUAGAAGGGUUGCUAAACUGACAAUGAUCUGGACCAUUUCUCUGCUUUAAAGUUAUAUGAGAAGGCAAUCAAGAGCACACUCUUGGAUGAAGAAAUGCAGGAUGCUUGAGAGAUGUUACAUGAUAAAUGCAGGAUAAACUAAUUCAAAAGAAGCCAAAUCUAAAAGGUCCAAUUGUGAGUAGUCUACUGGCUGGAUGAUUCGGAUUUGCCUAAUCUGAGUAUAGUUUCGUGAGAUAACCGAAGUCUCCAACACCAAAUAUUUUGCCAAGUCUUACCUAGCAGCAGAAUUCUUGGUAUGCACAUAUUGGUGCGAGUGAUUGCUUGAACCUGAUGAUGAUACCCCAUGAUGGGACACAGUCUUGCUAGAAAUCUGAGGUUCAAGUUCCUAGAGGAGUAGAGAAGAUUUCGGCAGGAGUUAUAUGGGGAGUGAUGGCACUAGAAGAAGUACGUUCCAAGCAUAGUUUAGAAAUUAUGCAACUAAAUUGUUCGGAUGAACAAAUGAAGGCCAAUACGAGAGAUCAAAAUCAGAAGUGUUCUACUGAAUGGAAUGCCGAUGAAGCCUGAAUCUUUUAAAUGAAAAGGAAAAUGAAAUGUUAAAUCUUGAGUUCGAAAUUGCAUUAGGAGAGGGAAGGCGUGUACCGAUGAAAUUGUUUUUGACUAAAAAAUGGAUACAAAAACCUAAAAAAAAAGAAAAGAACAAAAAAAAGAAAACAGAAAAGCAAAAAAAAAGAAUAGAGAACAAAAAAGGAAAAAAAAAAUAGAAAACCCAAAAAAAAGAAAACAAAUACAAAAAAAAGGUGAAAUAAAAAAAAACAAAAACUUAUGUCCCAGUGCUGUUGCUUGGUUCAUGACGUGUGAAAGCCUAUCCAUGCGAAAACAAUUGUGCACAUUCAUUGCAAGAAUUCCAGUUUGACGUUUUUUUGGCAAGAGUCACUAAAGGGUUGCAAAACUGACAAUGAUCUGGACCAUUUCUCUGCUUUAAAGGUCAAACUGAACCCUGUUAAUGUUUUUUCCGUUGUUAUUGUAUUAUUCAUUUUCUAUUCCUUCUCAACAUGGAAAAAUUUUAUAUGGGCAUUGCAGUUGUAAGAUUUGGACUUUUAGUAACCCGAGAUUUGCCCAUCGUGAGAAGGCAAUCAAGAGCACACUCUGGGAUGAAGAAACGCAAGAUGCUUGAGAGUUGUUACAUGAUAAAUGCAGGAUAAACUAAUUCAAAAGUAGCCCAAUCGAAAAGGUCCAAAUGUGUGUAGUCUACUGGCUGGAUGAUUCGGAUUUGCCUAAUCUGAGUAUAGUUUCGUGACAAACCGAAGUCUCAUCACCAAAUGUUUCGCCAAGUCUUACCUAGCAGCAGAAUUCUUGGUAAGCACAUAUUGGUGCCAGUGAUAGCUUGAACCUGCUGAUGGUACCCCUUGAUGGGACACAGUCUUGCUAGAAAUCUGAGGUUCAAGUUCCUAGAGCAGUAGAGAAGAUUUCGAUAGGAGUUAUAUGGGGAGUGAUGGCACUGGAAGAAGUACGUUCCGAGCAUAGUUUAGAAAUUAUGCAACUAAAUUGUUCGGAUGAACAAAUGAAGGCCAAUACGAGAGAUCAAAAUAAGAAGUGUUCUACUGGAUGGAAUGCCAAUGAAGCCUGAAUCUUUUAAAUGAAAAGGAAAAGGAAAUGUUAAAUCUUGAGUUCGAAAUUGCAUUAGGAGAGGGAAGGGUGUACCGAUGAAAUUGUUUUUGACGAAAAAAUGGAUACAAAAACCUAAAAAAAAAGAAAAGAACAAAAAAAAGAAAACAGAAAAGCAAAAAAAAAAGAAUAGAGAACAAAAAAGCAAAAAAAAAAAAAACAGAAAACCAAAAAAAAAAGAAAACAAAUACAAAAAAAAGGUGAAAUAAAAAAAAACAAAAACUUAUGUCCCAGUGCUGUUGCUUUGUUCAUGACGUGUGAAAGCCUAUCCAUGCGAAAACAAUUGUGCACAUUCAUUGCAAGAAUUCCAGUUUGACGUUUUUUUGGCAAGAGUCACUAAAGGGUUGCAAAACUGACAAUGAUCUGGACCAUUUCUCUGCUUUAAAGUUGUAAGAUUUGGACUUUUAGUAACCCGAGAUUUGCCCAUCGUGAGAAGGCAAUCAAGAGCACACUCUGGGAUGAAGAAACGCAAGAUGCUUGAGAGUUGUUACAUGAUAAAUGCAGGUGUAUAUAUAUGUUAUGCCUUUGUUCUUUUUAGGCGCCUCUAGUCAUAAUAUUUCUGUUUAAAAAUAGAAUGGUGGGUAUUAACAAGUGGUAUACCAUGUUAUAAUUCCUGAGUUGUAUCAAUAAAAAAUUAUCUUCCGUUUGUUUACUAUUACUAGUCCUACAUGAACAUUUUUCUUUUGUGCCUAUUGAUUUUGUUUUUCCAAACAGGUUAAACUAAUUCAAAAGUAGCCCAAUCGAAAAGGUCCAAAUGUGUGUAGUCUACUGGCUGGAUGAUUCGGAUUUGCCUAAUCUGAGUAUAGUUUCGUGAGAAACCGAAGUCUCAUCACCAAAUGUUUCGCCAAGUCUUACCUAGCAGCAGAAUUCUUGGUAAGCACAUAUUGGUGCCAGUGAUAGCUUGAACCUGCUGAUGGUACCCCUUGAUGGGACACAGUCUUGCUAGAAAUCUGAGGUUCAAGUUCCUAGAGCAGUAGAGAAGAUUUCGGUAGGAGUUAUAUGGGGAGUGAUGGCACUGGAAGAAGUACAUUCCAAGCAUAGUUUAGAAAUUAUGCAACUAAAUUGUUCGGAUGAACAAAUGAAGGCCAAUACGAGAGAUCAAAAUAAGAAGUGUUCUACUGGAUGGAAUGCCAAUGAAGCCUGAAUCUUUUAAAUGAAAAGGAAAAGGAAAUGUUAAAUUUUGAGUUCGAAAUUGCAUUAGGAGAGGGAAGGGUGUACCGAUGAAAUUGUUUUUGACGAAAAAAUGGAUACAAAAACCUAAAAAAAAAGAAAAGAACAAAAAAAAGAAAACAGAAAAGCAAAAAAAAAGAAUAGAGAACAAAAAAGCAAAAAAAAAAAACAGAAAACCAAAAAAAAAAGAAAACAAAUACAAAAAAAAGGUGAAACAAAAAAAAACAAAAACUUAUGUCCCAGUGCUGUUGCUUUGUUCAUGACGUGUGAAAGCCUAUCCAUGCGAAAACAAUUGUGCACAUUCAUUGCAAGAAUUCCAGUUUGACGUUUUUUUGGCAAGAGUCACUAAAGGGUUGCAAAACUGACAAUGAUCUGGACCAUUUCUCUGCUUUAAAGUUGUAAGAUUUGGACUUUUAGUAACCCGAGAUUUGCCCAUCGUGAGAAGGCAAUCAAGAGCACACUCUGGGAUGAAGAAACGCAAGAUGCUUGAGAGUUGUUACAUGAUAAAUGCAGGUUAAACUAAUUCAAAAGUAGCCCAAUCGAAAAGGUCCAAAUGUGUGUAGUCUACUGGCUGGAUGAUUCGGAUUUGCCUAAUCUGAGUAUAGUUUCGUGAGAAACCGAAGUCUCAUCACCAAAUGUUUCGCCAAGUCUUACCUAGCAGCAGAAUUCUUGGUAAGCACAUAUUGGUGCCAGUGAUAGCUUGAACCUGCUGAUGGUACCCCUUGAUGGGACACAGUCUUGCUAGAAAUCUGAGGUUCAAGUUCCUAGAGUAAGUUUGUCAAGCCUGGAAAACUUUAAAGUGGUUAAUAAUAUAUUUUUCUUAUUUGCAUAUCUUUGACCGUUUACUGCUUUUCAGGCAGUAGAGAAGAUUUCGGUAGGAGUUAUAUGGGGAGUGAUGGCACUGGAAGAAGUACGUUCCAAGCAUAGUUUAGAAAUUAUGCAACUAAAUUGUUCGGAUGAACAAAUGAAGGCCAAUACGAGAGAUCAAAAUAAGAAGUGUUCUACUGGAUGGAACGCCAAUGAAGCCUGAAUCUUUUAAAUGAAAAGGAAAACGAAAUGUUAAAUCUUGAGUUCGAAAUUGCCAUUAGGAGAGGGAAGGCGUGUACCGAUGAAAUUGUUUUUGACGAAAAAAUGGAUACAAAAACCUAAAAAAAAGAAAAGAACAAAAAAAGAAAACAGAAAAGCAAAAAAAAAAGAAUAGAGAACAAAUAAGCAAAAAAAAAAAAUAGAAAACCAAAAAAAAAAGAAAACAAAUACAAAAAAAAGGCGAAAUAAAAAAACAAAAACUGAUGUCCCAGUGGUGUUGCUUUGUUCAUGAGGUGUGAAAGCCUAUCCAUGCGAAAACAAUUGUGCCUAAAUUUUCAGGCAGUACAGAAUGGUCUGGAAUGAGCUAUUUGUAGAGUGAUGACACUGAAGUAGUACGUUAAGCAAGGCUUUGAAAUUAUUCAACUAAAUUGUUUUUAUAAACAAAUGAAGGCCAAUACGAGAGAUCAAAAUAAGAAGUGUUCUACUGGAUGGAACGCCAAUGAAGCCUGAAUUUUUUUCAUGAAAAGGAAAACGAAAUGCUAAUCUUGAGUUCGAAAUUGCCAUUACGGAAGGGAAGGCGUGUACCGAUGACAUUGUUUUUCACGAAAAAAUGGAUACAAAAACCUAAAAAAAGAAAAGAACAAAAAAAAUAGAAAACAAAAAAGCAAAAAAAAAAAAAUAGAAAACAAAAAAAAAAUAGAAAACAAAAAAAAGAAAACAAAAUACAAAAUAAAAGUCGAAAAAAAAAACAAAACAAAAACACAUGUCCCAGUGCUGUUGCUUUGUUCAUGAGGUGUAAAAGCCUAGCCCUGCGAAAACAAUUGUUCCUAAAUUUUCAGGCAGUAGAGAAGGUUCUGGAAUGAGCUAUUUGUAGAAUGAUGGCACUGAAGUAGUACGGUGAGCAAGGCUUUGAAAUUAUUCAACUAAAUUUGUUUUGACCUUAAAAGUUCUUGCGAAAGUCCACAAUCAUGGAAACCAAGGCACAUUCAUUGCUAGAAUUCCAGUUUGACGUUUUUUUGGCAAGAGUCACUAAAAGGGUUGCAAAACUGACAAUGAUCUGGACCAUUUUUCUGCCUUAAAGUUGUAAGAUUUGGACUUUUAGUAACCCGAGAUUUGCCCAUCGUGAGAAGGCAAUCAAGAGCACACUCUGGGAUGAAGAAACGCAAGAUGCUUGAGAGUUGUUACAUGAUAAAUGCAGGUUAAACUAAUUCAAUAGUAGCCCAAUCGAAAAGGUCCAAAUGUGUGUAGUCUACUGGCUGGAUGAUUCGGAUUUGCCUAAUCUGAGUAUAGUUUCGUGAGAAACCGAAGUCUCAUCACCAAAUGUUUCGCCAAGUCUUACCUAGCAGCAGAAUUCUUGGUAAGCACAUAUUGGUGCCAGUGAUAGCUUGAACCUGCUGAUGGUACCCCUUGAUGGGACACAGUCUUGCUAGAAAUCUGAGGUUCAAGUUCCUAGAGCAGUAGAGAAGAUUUCGGUAGGAGUUAUAUGGGGAGUGAUGGCACUGGAAGAAGUACGUUCCAAGCAUAGUUUAGAAAUUAUGCAACUAAAUUGUUCGGAUGAACAAAUGAAGGCCAAUACGAGAGAUCAAAAUAAGAAGUGUUCUACUGGAUGGAACGCCAAUGAAGCCUGAAUCUUUUAAAUGAAAAGGAAAACGAAAUGUUAAAUCUUGAGUUCGAAAUUGCCAUUAGGAGAGGGAAGGCGUGUACCGAUGAAAUUGUUUUUGACGAAAAAAUGGAUACAAAAACCUAAAAAAAAGAAAAGAACAAAAAAAAGAAAACAGAAAAGCAAAAAAAAAAGAAUAGAGAACAAAUAAGCAAAAAAAAAAAUAGAAAACCAAAAAAAAAAGAAAACAAAUACAAAAAAAAGGCGAAAUAAAAAAAACAAAAACUGAUGUCCCAGUGCUGUUGCUUUGUUCAUGAGGUGUGAAAGCCUAUCCAUGCGAAAACAAUUGUGCCUAAAUUUUCAGGCAGUACAGAAUGUUCUGGAAUGAGCUAUUUGUAGAGUGAUGACACUGAAGUAGUACGUUAAGCAAGGCUUUGAAAUUAUUCAACUAAAUUGUUUUUAUAAACAAAUGAAGGCCAAUACGAGAGAUCAAAAUAAGAAGUGUUCUACUGGAUGGAACGCCAAUGAAGCCUGAAUUUUUUUCAUGAAAAGGAAAACGAAAUGCUAAUCUUGAGUUCGAAAUUGCCAUUACGGGAAGGAAGGCGUGUACCGAUGAAAUUGUUUUUGACAAAAAAAUGGAUACAAAAACCUAAAAAAAGAAAAGAACAAAAAAAAUAGAAAACAAAAAAGCAAAAAAAAAAAAUAGAAAACAAAAAAAAAUAGAAAACAAAAAAAAGAAAACAAAAUACAAAAUAAAAGUCGAAAAAAAAACAAAACAAAAACACAUGUCCCAGUGCUGUUGCUUUGUUCAUGAGGUGUAAAAGCCUAGCCCUGCGAAAACAAUUGUUCCUAAAUUUUCAGGCAGUAGAGAAGGUUCUGGAAUGAGCUAUUUGUAGAAUGAUGGCACUGAAGUAGUACGGUGAGCAAGGCUUUGAAAUUAUUCAACUAAAUUGUUUUGACCUUAAAAGUUCUUGCGGAAGUUCACAAUCAUGGAAGCCAAGGCACAUUCAUUGCAAAAAUUCCAGUUUGACGUUUUUUUGGCAAGAGUGACUAGAAGGGUUGCAAAACUGACAAUGAUCUGGACCAUUUUUCUGCUUUAAAGUUGUAAGAUUUGGACUUUUAGUAACCCGAGAUUUGCCCAUCGUGAGAAGGCAAUCAAGAGCACACUCUGGGAUGAAGAAACGCAAGAUGCUUGAGAGUUGUUACAUGAUAAAUGCAGGUGUAUAUAUAUGUUAUGCCUUUGUUCUUUUUAGGCGCCUCUAGUCAUAAUAUUUCUGUUUAAAAAUAGAAUGGUGGGUAUUAACAAGUGGUAUACCAUGUUAUAAUUCCUGAGUUGUAUCAAUAAAAAAUUAUCUUCCGUUUGUUUACUAUUACUAGUCCUACAUGAACAUUUUUCUUUUGUGCCUAUUGAUUUUGUUUUUCCAAACAGGUUAAACUAAUUCAAAAGUAGCCCAAUCGAAAAGGUCCAAAUGUGUGUAGUCUACUGGCUGGAUGAUUCGGAUUUGCCUAAUCUGAGUAUAGUUUCGUGAGAAACCGAAGUCUCAUCACCAAAUGUUUCGCCAAGUCUUACCUAGCAGCAGAAUUCUUGGUAAGCACAUAUUGGUGCCAGUGAUAGCUUGAACCUGCUGAUGGUACCCCUUGAUGGGACACAGUCUUGCUAGAAAUCUGAGGUUCAAGUUCCUUGAGCAGUAGAGAAGAUUUCGGUAGGAGUUAUAUGGGGAGUGAUGGCACUGGAAGAAGUACGUUCCAAGCAUAGUUUAGAAAUUAUGCAACUAAAUUGUUCGGAUGAACAAAUGAAGGCCAAUACGAGAGAUCAAAAUAAGAAGUGUUCUACUGGAUGGAAUGCCAAUGAAGCCUGAAUCUUUUAAAUGAAAAGGAAAAGGAAAUGUUAAAUCUUGAGUUCGAAAUUGCAUUAGGAGAGGGAAGGGUGUACCGAUGAAAUUGUUUUUGACGAAAAAAUGGAUACAAAAACCUAAAAAAAAAGAAAAGAACAAAAAAAAGAAAACAGAAAAGCAAAAAAAAAAGAAUAGAGAACAAAAAAGCAAAAAAAAAAAAACAGAAAACCAAAAAAAAAAGAAAACAAAUACAAAAAAAAGGUGAAAUAAAAAAAAACAAAAACUUAUGUCCCAGUGCUGUUGCUUUGUUCAUGACGUGUGAAAGCCUAUCCAUGCGAAAACAAUUGUGCACAUUCAUUGCAAGAAUUCCAGUUUGACGUUUUUUUGGCAAGAGUCACUAAAGGGUUGCAAAACUGACAAUGAUCUGGACCAUUUCUCUGCUUUAAAGUUGUAAGAUUUGGACUUUUAGUAACCCGAGAUUUGCCCAUCGUGAGAAGGCAAUCAAGAGCACACUCUGGGAUGAAGAAACGCAAGAUGCUUGAGAGUUGUUACAUGAUAAAUGCAGGUGUAUAUAUAUGUUAUGCCUUUGUUCUUUUUAGGCGCCUCUAGUCAUAAUAUUUCUGUUUAAAAAUAGAAUGGUGGGUAUUAACAAGUGGUAUACCAUGUUAUAAUUCCUGAGUUGUAUCAAUAAAAAAUUAUCUUCCGUUUGUUUACUAUUACUAGUCCUACAUGAACAUUUUUCUUUUGUGCCUAUUGAUUUUGUUUUUCCAAACAGGUUAAACUAAUUCAAAAGUAGCCCAAUCGAAAAGGUCCAAAUGUGUGUAGUCUACUGGCUGGAUGAUUCGGAUUUGCCUAAUCUGAGUAUAGUUUCGUGAGAAACCGAAGUCUCAUCACCAAAUGUUUCGCCAAGUCUUACCUAGCAGCAGAAUUCUUGGUAAGCACAUAUUGGUGCCAGUGAUAGCUUGAACCUGCUGAUGGUACCCCUUGAUGGGACACAGUCUUGCUAGAAAUCUGAGGUUCAAGUUCCUAGAGCAGUAGAGAAGAUUUCGGUAGGAGUUAUAUGGGGAGUGAUGGCACUGGAAGAAGUACGUUCCAAGCAUAGUUUAGAAAUUAUGCAACUAAAUUGUUCGGAUGAACAAAUGAAGGCCAAUACGAGAGAUCAAAAUAAGAAGUGUUCUACUGGAUGGAACGCCAAUGAAGCCUGAAUCUUUUAAAUGAAAAGGAAAACGAAAUGUUAAAUCUUGAGUUCGAAAUUGCCAUUAGGAGAGGGAAGGCGUGUACCGAUGAAAUUGUUUUUGACGAAAAAAUGGAUACAAAAACCUAAAAAAAAGAAAAGAACAAAAAAAAGAAAACAGAAAAGCAAAAAAAAAGAAUAGAGAACAAAUAAGCAAAAAAAAAAAAUAGAAAACCAAAAAAAAAAGAAAACAAAUACAAAAAAAAGGCGAAAUAAAAAAAACAAAAACUGAUGUCCCAGUGCUGUUGCUUUGUUCAUGAGGUGUGAAAGCCUAUCCAUGCGAAAACAAUUGUGCCUAAAUUUUCAGGCAGUACAGAAUGUUCUGGAAUGAGCUAUUUGUAGAGUGAUGACACUGAAGUAGUACGUUAAGCAAGGCUUUGAAAUUAUUCAACUAAAUUGUUUUUAUAAACAAAUGAAGGCCAAUACGAGAGAUCAAAAUAAGAAGUGUUCUACUGGAUGGAACGCCAAUGAAGCCUGAAUUUUUUUCAUGAAAAGGAAAACGAAAUGCUAAUCUUGAGUUCGAAAUUGCCAUUACGGGAAGGAAGGCGUGUACCGAUGAAAUUGUUUUUGACAAAAAAAUGGAUACAAAAACCUAAAAAAAGAAAAGAACAAAAAAAAUAGAAAACAAAAAAGCAAAAAAAAAAAAUAGAAAACAAAAAAAAAAUAGAAAACAAAAAAAAGAAAACAAAAUACAAAAUAAAAGUCGAAAAAAAAACAAAACAAAAACACAUGUCCCAGUGCUGUUGCUUUGUUCAUGAGGUGUAAAAGCCUAGCCCUGCGAAAACAAUUGUUCCUAAAUUUUCAGGCAGUAGAGAAGGUUCUGGAAUGAGCUAUUUGUAGAAUGAUGGCACUGAAGUAGUACACGGACCUUAAAAGUUCUUGCGGAAGUUCACAAUCAUGGAAGCCAAGGCACAUUCAUUGCAAAAAUUCCAGUUUGACGUUUUUUUGGCAAGAGUGACUAGAAGGGUUGCAAAACUGACAAUGAUCUGGACCAUUUUUCUGCUUUAAAGUUGUAAGAUUUGGACUUUUAGUAACCCGAGAUUUGCCCAUCGUGAGAAGGCAAUCAAGAGCACACUCUUGGAUGAAGAAAUGCAGGAUGCUUGAGAGAUGUUACAUGACAAAUACCGGUGAUAGCUUGGAUCAAGAGCAGAAUUCUUAGUAAGCGCAUAUUGGUGCCGGUGAUAGCUUGAACCUGCUGAUGGUACCCCUUGAUGGGACACAGUCUUGCUAGAAAUCUGAGGUUCAAGUUCCUAGAGCAGUAGAGAAGAUUUUGGUAGGAGUUAUAUGGGGAGUGAUGGCACUAGAAGAAGUACGUUCCAAGCAUAGUUUAGAAAUUAUGCAACUAAAUUGUUCGGAUGAACAAAUGAAGGCCAAUACGAGAGAUCAAAAUAAGAAGUGUUCUACUGGAUGGAAUGCCAAAGAAGCUUGAAUCUUUUAAAUGAAAAGGAAAAGGAAAUGUUAAAUCUUGAGUUCGAAAUUGCCAUCAGGAGAGGGAAAGGCGUGUACCGAUGAAAUUGUUUUUGAUGAAAAUAUGGAUACAAAAACCUAAAAAAAGAAAAGAAAAAAAAAUAGAAAACAAAAAAGCAAAAAGAAAAAAAAACAAAAAAAGAAAACAAAUACAAAAAAAACGGCGAAAAAAAAAACAAAACAAAAACACAUGUCCCAGUGCUGUUGCUUUGUUCAUGAGGUGUGAAAGCCUAGCUCUGCGAAAACAAUUGUUCCUAAAUUUUCAGGCAGUAGAGAAGGUUUUGGAAUGAGCUAUUUGUAGAGUGAUGGCACUGAAAUAAUAUGUUAAGCAAGGCUUUGAAAUUAUUCAACUAAAUUGUUUUGAUGAACAAAUGAAGGCCAAUACGAGAGAUCAAAAUAAGAAGUGUUGUACUGGAUGGAAUGCCAAAGAAGCCUGAAUCUUUUAAAUGAAAAGGAAAAGGAAAUGUUAAGUCUUGAGUUCGAAAUUGCAAUCAGGACAGGGAAGGCGUGUACCGAAGAAAUUGUUUUUGACGAAAAAAUGGAUACAAAAACCUAAAAAAAAACGAAACGAAUAAAAAAAAGAAAAUAAAAAAGCCAAAAAAAAAAGAAAACAAAAAAGCCAAAAAAAAACAACAAUCAUGGCACUGAAGUAGUACGUUAAGCAUGGCUUUGAAAUUAUUCAACUAAAUUGUUUUGUAAGUUUUCUCCCACCAGAAAUAAUUUAUAGUUUUUUAUUGUUUCUAUUUAUUUUAUCUUUCAUUUCCCCACCAAUAGCCACAGAUUCAGUUUUUUGUUGCUCAAUUACAUAUGCUUUGUGUGGAAUGCAGUUCUAUUUUUUUUACUUUCCUUUGAACAUUUUUAUCUGCAUUUUUUGUUGCAUGAUUACAAAUGCUUGUCUAGAUUACACUUCGAAUUAGAUCAUCAAUAGUUCAGGUCCUGUUUAAUGACACAUAAGUUAUAUUUAUCAUCUUGUGUAGAUUCGUGGAUGCACAGGUUGCUGUAAUUUCAGGCAUACUUGUUGUGUGCUUCUAUUACCUUUUGUUUCUUGAUCUGCAGGACCUUAAAAGUUUUUGCGGAAGUUCACAAUCAUGGAAGCUAAGGCACAUUCUUUGCAACAUUUCAAGUUUGACUUUUUUUGGCAGGACUCACUAGAAGGGUUGCAAAACUAACAAUGAUCUGGACUAUUUCUCUGCUUUAAAGUUGUUAAGCUUUGGACUUUUAGUAACCCGAGAUUUGCCCAUCGUGAGAAGGCAAUCAAGAGCACACUCUUGGAUGAGGAAAAGCUGGAUGCUUGAGAGAUGUUACAUGAUAAAUGCAGGUCGCAGACGCGUACGAUGAAGCUCUGAGCAUUGUGAAACUGGAUUUGGGAGUGGGCAUUAUAAAGCUAAGGUCGCAGACGCGUACGAUGAAGCUCUGAGCAUUGUGAAACUGGAUUUAGGAGUGGGCAUUAUAAAGCUAAUGUUACACACCGAAGCGCAGCAUCAAGAUUCGAGCACAUUGAAGUUGGAGGUAGGCGUAGGUGAUUGUCAGACUGAGUCGCAGACGCGUACUGUGAAGCUCCGAGCAUUUUGAAACUGGAUUUAGGAGUGGGCAUUAUAAAGCUAAGAUGCAUAUGGCAGAGGUUGGAGCUCUAUGAAGUAAGAGUGGGUGUCAUCGGGCUUAGGUCAUACACAGAAGCACAACAUCAAGAUUCGAGCACAUUGAAGUUGGAGGUAGGCGUGGGUGAUUCAGACUGAGUCGCAGACGUGUACGGUGAAGCUCCGAGCAUUGUGAAACUGGAUUUAGGAGUGCGCAUUAUAAAGCUAAGGUGAGUCUUUGACUUUUCAUGUUUUAUUUUCACAGCAUAAGUUUGAUUAUUUGCAGUGUGUUUAAACUUAUAUCGGAUUGGCUUAGUUUGGUUUUUAUUUUUCAAACACCGAUCAUACUUCGUUUCUUGCAAAUAAUGAGUUUAUUUUCCAGUUAAGGUUUCUUGCAAAAAAUCAGUUGUAUAUUUUUUGCAAAGGCCAUCAAACCUUAAGAUAAAUGGUAUUUGAUUAAAUUUAUUGAGUUAUGACCAUCAAACCUUAAAGCUUUCUUCUGAAUAACUUAAACAACUAUUUGCUAGUCUCGUAAAUUUACUCAUAUUUACUCAAAAAUCUAGAUGGCAAAGCAUAUGGGGAAUCACAUAUCCAAUUUUAUAUAAAAGUUUGUUAAGUUUAUUGUCUAAGUUAUUUUAAGUGCGUAAGUUUGAUUGCUUUGCAGUGCGUUUAAAAUUAUUUAACAUUAUGUUCGGCUUUAUAUAGGAGUGGGCAUUAUAAAGCUACGGUGAGUAUUGAACUUUUCAUGUUUUAUUUUCAUAGCAUAAGUUUGAUUAUUUGCAGUGUGUUUCGGAUUGUGUUUGGCUUUAUAUAGGUCGCAGACGCGUACUGUGAAGCUCCGAGCAUUUUGAAACUGGAUUUAGGAGUGGGCAUUAUAAAGCUAAGAUGAGUGUUGGACUUUUCAUGUUUUAUUUUCACAACAUAAGUUUGAUUAUUUGCAGUGUGUUUAAACUCAUUUCGGAUUGACUUAGUUUGGUUUUUAUUUUUCAUACACUGAUCAUACUUCGUAUCUUUCAAAUAAUGAGUUCAUUUUCCAGUUAAGUUCUAUUAUGUCUACCUUUUUGAAAUUUUACAUUUAUAUAUAUAAGAGUUUGUAAUUUGUUUAUAACUAAAAUUUAUCAUAGUUCUAAAAAGAAUUCAUGUAUGAAAAGUUGAUAUUCAGAAUCCUAAAGUAUUAAGUGAAGUUUUUUCGGAGUGAGGUAGUAUUACUACGAUCAGAAGGGUUAUUCUAUCGCUUGGGUUAAAUGAAUGAAUACUUUUUGUUAAAUUACUUUUGUAAUUAGUUGCAGGUUGAUGUCCUAAUUCUUUUGUGUAGUAUUGUUUGUUGCUAGAAUAACCAAAGUGUUAUAUAUACUCCGAUCUGUUACAUGCUGUUUUAGUUAUUAGUUAAAAACUCCUAAAUAGCACUAAUCAUACUUCGUUUCUUACAAAUCAUGAUUUUUUUCUAGUUGGGCUUGAUGUCUACUUUUUUUUAAAUUUUAGAUAUAAACGCAAUAGUGAAACAAUAAUGGUAGUUAUGCUUGGUCUCUACCAACUCUUUCCAAAGCCCAUCAAAUCUUAAGAUAAAUGGUAGUUAUAUGAAUUCUUUAAGUUAGUAUAAUGAUUUUGAGAACCUCCUUCCAAACAACUACAACUCUUUAAUGGUCUUAGAAAUUUACUCAUAUUUAUUAAAAAAUCUAGAUGACCAAGCAUCUGGAGAAUCAGAUAUCCAAGUUCUAUGAACUUUAUCGGGGUAAAGAUUUGGUGAAGAGAUCAGCCGUAUUUUCACUAGAUCUGAUUUGUUGAAUGUUGAUCGUCCCUUUUUUCUCCAGAUCAUGAGUAGAAAAGAACUUUGGUGAUAUGUAUUUUGUUGUGUCUCCUUUGAUGUAGCCUUCUUUAAUCUGAGCUAUGCACUCAGUGUUGUCUUCGUUGAUUACAGUAGGGUGACAAGUAAUAGGUUUCAUACCGCAUUCAUUUUGGAUGUGUUGAAUCAUAGACCGCAGCCACACACAUUCUCUUCCGGUUUCAUAUAAUGCAAUUAACUCUGAAUGAUUUGAUGAUAUAGCUGUCAAUGUCUGCUUCAUAGAUCUCCAUGAGAUUGCGGUGUUACCAUAAGUAAAUACGUACCCGGUUUGUGAUUUCGCCUUUUGAGGAUCUGAUAAGUAUCCAGCGUCUACAUAUCCGAUUCAAGCUGCUUUUGCAUCUCAUUCAUGCCCAACAAAAUGAGAUGUCAGUUGAUUGUUAGGACUUGGGACUGAAGACUAUUUUAAAAUAAUGAUAGAUGUGAUACGGAGCAGUAGAUAACUUUUCUCCUCACAAGCCUUUAAUUUUAAUUUGUCUUAAAAUUAGUUAAUUAAUAAUACUAAUAAUGGCAAUAAGGAAUGUAAUAAGUUGAACCGUUGUACGUAGUAAUAAUUUGAACAAAUCAAUGAAUUUUAUUUGUGCCAAUUAUAUUACACAUAAUGAUAAAACAGGUUAUUUAAUAAUAUUUACAUAUUAGUGUUAUUACUUAAUAAUUCUAAAAUGUAAAUACCAAUAUUUCUAAAGUUAUUGCCCUAAAUAGGAGUAAAAUAAUAUGAAAGUCCCAAAAUAAGAGUUCUUGUUAGUUUACUCCACAUUUCUAAUUAAGUUUAAAAUAAUAAUUUUGUAGUAUGACAAAUAUUAGCAAAAGAGAAUUCGACGUUCUUGAUUUGUCCGGUCAAAAAUAUUUGGAAUGGAAAGUUGAUGCUUUAGCACAUUUGAAGGCUAAUAGUCUCGGAGACACUAUUGAGGCUAUUAAUCAAUCAUCUUCCCAGGAUAAAGCGAAAACUAUAAUUUUUCUCCGUCACCAUCUUCAUGAAAGUCUCAAAUCUGAAUAUCUUUGGUUGAUGACCCAAAAGAAUUAUGAGACAAUUUAGAGGAGAGGUUUGACAAUCAACAAAAGGUACUUUUGCCUAAAGCUCAGUACGACUGGAUCAAUUUCAGAUUCCAAGAUUUUAAAUCAAUCAGUGACUAUAAUUAUGCUAUGUUCCAAAUAACAUCCAAAUUAAAGUUAUGUGGACAAAAGUUACUGAUGUUGAUAUAUUGGAGAAAAUCUUUUCUAUCAUGCAUAUUACUAAUAUGCUGCUACAGCAGAAAUCUAGAGAAAACGGUUUUAAAAAAUACUCUGACUUAAUAUCAGUUUUACUUGUAGCUGAGCAAAAUAAUGACCUUUUAAUGAAGAACCACAACUUGAGACCCACCGGUUCUAGUCCUUCGAUUUAUGGUCCAUUUGGCCCUAAUUUAGCCAUUGAAUCAAAUGCAACACACAGUGGCCCUCGAAGGCAUUUUAAACGUGGGCAUUUUAGUGGUCAUAAUAACAAGCCUCACCGAGGAUAUAAACAGGUCGAAACCAAAUUACAAGGGCAAGGGCAAACAAAAAGUUCAUCAAAUAAACCGCCCUCCAAAAUCCUCGGGAAAGACGACUUGUUAUAAGUGUGGUAUGACGGGGCAUUGGGCUAAUAAAUGUUGUACGGUUAAACACCUGGUGGAGUUAUUUCAAGCUUCCAUGAAUCUAAAUAAAGGCAAAAAUGUGGAAGCCAAUUAUGUCAAUGAUAGAGCUCCACCUAUGCCAAAAUUUGACGUAGCCGAUUUUUUUGCUGAUGAUGCCAUUAUGGAUGAUGCUUUUGCCAUAAACCAAAAUGUUACAAAAUAAAAUAGUAGAAUCCUUCUGUUGUAAAAUACUAGUUAAAUUUUAUGUACUUUUUCUUCUUUUAUUUUGUUUUUAAAUAAAUGUGUGUAAUGUAUGCACUCUUAUGAUCAAUAAUAUGCAUAAUUUGUGAUCAAGCUUAUGUUUAUUUAUAUAUAUUGAAGAUAUGGAUCAUUCAAAUGAUAAAGAGCUAUUUCUGAUAGACAGCGCCACAACGCACACCAUUUUGAGAAAUAAAAUAUAUUUUUCUCAAAUGACUUUAGUUGAAGCUAAAGUCAAUACAAUAUCAGGUGCUGCGAAACUCAUUGAAGGCUCUAGGAAAGCAUAUGUGAUGCUCCCUAAUGGGACAAAAAUAAUUAUAAAUGGCGCUUUAUACUCCAGCAAAUCGCGGAGAAAUUUAUUGAGCUUUAAAGAUAUGCGUCAAAAUGGUUAUCACAUAGAAACCAUGAAUGAAAACCAAAAGGAAUAUAUUUGUCUUACGACAACUAAAUCUGGC